GGGAUGGACGUCACUUCUCCCCGCCUAACCUUUAAACCUGACGCUCCCCAUCUGAUCGCACAUCCACACGACCAACCAUGAAGGAGGCAGUACUGUUCAUGCACCAUGUCGACAAAGACCCUCAAGAAGCCAAGCGAAUUGCACAGGACACUGCAAAACGUAUCGAGAGCCGGGAAUUCAAGCUACUCGAGGUAGUACAGUCGCUCGGGGAAUACCUUACGGAUGACGAUACCACCGUUCGUGCGAAAGCGAUCGGAUAUCUUGCGGCAGUACUCGGCGAGCUGAGCCCGAAAUCUCUCUCGAGGCAACACCUUCCGGUCAUCACACAGUUCCUAUGCGAUCGCCUCGAAGAUGAGACGGGUUUGAAGGAGGUCGCAUCUGGCCUGGCGUCGUUGACAAAGAUGCACCACUUUGAUAGCGACCAGGCCACUAAGGUGGCUACCGCGCUGAUCACCGUUGACCUGCCAAAGCAUCCGCCUACGACUCGCUUCAUGGUGCUUACACUUGUGGAUGCGUUGAUGUCGGGAUACCGGGACUCGUUGAAGGCUAUGGGGGACAAGUUUGUUACCGGUCUAGCCGACAUGAUCGGUGGUGAAAAGGACCCGAGGAAUCUGAUGAUCGUGUUUUCGGUGAUGAAGGUGGUGCUGGUAGAGUUUGACAUUGUGCGACAUACAGAGUUGAUGUUCGACGUCGUAUAUUGCUAUUUCCCCAUCACUUUCCGGCCUCCUCCGGACGAUCCUUACAAGAUCACCGCGAACGAUCUGAAGGUCAGAUUACGAGAGUGCAUCGCUUCGACACAUUACUUCGCCGGGCAAGUUUUCCCGGCGUUGAUAGAAAAGCUCGACUCGACAUCACUGAACGUCAAGCUUGAUGUACUGCAAACAAUGACGGCAUGUGCUCUUUCCUACGGCCCCACGACAAUAUCUGCGCAAAGCUCUCAGCUAUGGGACGCCGUCAAAUUCGAGAUACUCAAUUCCGCAGCGGAUGAUGAAAUGGCCAACGCAGCGCUGGAUGUAUUGAAGGCGGUUGCGUCGUCCCUAUCUACGGGAUUGACGAUCUCGCCGCCUCCAACCGUCCCACUUGCACGUUACUUGAAAUCCAUCAUUAAGGAAUGCCUUGAGCUUCUCAAGGAGCCGCAACAAAAGCAAGCGAAACCGGCGGGGCAGAUCCUUGCAGCCGUGGCAACUGCCAGUGCUCCUGCGCAUGCCUUCGUGAUUCAGAGCACUCUGCCGGCACUGCUACUCAUCUACUCGGAUGCGGGCGCAAUCGCCAAACAGAGAGCUCUGAUGCAGUGCUUGAACCGAUUCUUCGAUUCUUCAGUGGCGAUUUACGGAGCUUGGACCGAUGCCAUACCAUCGCCAGCCAUCGAGAACCCACUGGAUCUUCACAAAGAAAAACUUUUCCAGAUCUACUCGCAAGCACUGAUGGGAAGCAACAAGGAUGAAAAAAGCUUCCGUCAGACGGCCAUGAGGGGCCUGGGGAAACUAUGCAACAUCCGGCAGUUUUUGGAAGACAGCGAGAUCGGAAUGGUCGUACAGUACCUCGACGAAAUUGCACUCGACCAGACAGAGAAGGAGGAUAUCCGUGACGAAGCAUUGCAGAACCUCAGGACGAUAUCAAAGUUCAAGAGCGCAUUGAUCAUGCAAAUCACAUUCCCGGCAUUCAUGGCUCGGUUGCCUGACUCGGAGGAAGAAAGCAGGGAGGACAAUAAGCCAUAUGUUGGAACACUGGAGGCGCUGGCGAAGCUUAGUUUUGAGAGGCCUGUUUUCGAGGUGCUCUUGACACGGCUGCUUAACAAGCUCGAGAUUGUUCUUCACAGCGGAUCGGGCCCAGAAUAUCCUCGUGCUAUACUGUCUACACUCCUGUAUGUGCUCCAGCAGAAGCCUCAGAGCGCACUGGAGGACACGAAUGUGUACUACAAUCGCCUUAUACCUCCUCUCUUGACGAAGACCCUUGUUUCCCUAGUGGCAGGGGGUAACGGUGAUUCGGCAGUUUUGGCGGACGAUGGUGUGCUCGACAUCACAGGCCGGCUUGUACGGAUCAUCACCCGGGAUCUGGACACCCAGCAACAGACCAUGAUUGUCAAUAAUAUCUUGGAGCUCUUCGUGAACCACAACCCCAGCGAUAUCAUAACCGAGAAGGCCGACAUAGUCGCCAACAACUUCCGGCCCAUGCUCAAGGAUGCAGACAAGCAAGUCGCCGGCUCCAUGGUGAUUUUUGCAAGUGUUCUUGCCGCUGUACCCAGAGACAUUCCCUUGCCCGUCGAAAGCCUUGUUGGUCUCCUCCGGCAGACUGUAGAGCUCGCUCAAGCUCCAAAGUCUGCCGCGCACAGGCUGGCAUUAUUAAGGAUCAUCGGCUUGCUAGUAAACAAAUGGGUCAAGGACCCCGCCGACUCCGCGCAAGUGAAGGAAAUCACCGAGAACCUUCUAUCAUCCAUCACCUCUACAUCCUCCCCCCUCUCCGAAGAAAUUCGAGGCGAAACUCUCCGCAUCGUUUUCUGGCUCGCCAAAGCCCUUCUUCUCCGCGCCGACAAGUUCGGAAUGGACGUGACACUCUCGUUGGUCGACAUACUCGCGCACCCAACGUUCGGCGCCAUUGCUGCUAGAGGCUUUGCGGUUCUCCUCAGCGAGGACGAGCUGCUGAACAAGGAAAACCAUGCGGUAGUGCGCAUGCUCUACAAGCAGCGGACGUUCGCCACAUGCGUGCCAAAGCUCGUUGACGGCUUCAAAUAUGCCGACUCCAGCAUAAAACCCAACAUUCUCCUCGCCCUCUCUUCGAUCCUCCGCUCAGUCCCCUCUCCCAUCAUCACCCCAUCCCUGCCCUCGCUCCUUCCGCUCCUUCUCCAAUCCAUCGAGCUUCCCGACGCCUCCAUCAAGCUGGCGACCAUUGACACCUUGCAAAUCACCAUUUCCGAGAGCGCAGACGUGCUGCAGGAGCACGUUUCCAGCGUCAUUACGCGGCUGCUCACGGCUGGAGGUCCGCCUGCCGUGCGGAUCAAGUCUCUGCGGUGCCUUAAAUCGUUUCCCGGGGCUAUGAGGAACGAGCUGCUCCUGCCGUACAGGAGGAAGGUGUUGAGAGAAUUGGUCAAGUUCCUGGAUGAUAAGAAGAGAGAUGUUAGGAAGGAGGCCGUCGAUUGUAGGGUCAAGUGGUGGGCGCUGGGUGAGGCGGAGGAUUGAGCCUUGAGGGGUGGGAUAAACGGUGAUAGACGGUGAUAGACUGGCAAUGUGAAUAGACAGAGUGCGAGCAAGUGUUUUCCAAUGUGUUGUGCUCCUAUCGCUCGGUCCCUAUGGCUAGUAUAUCGCGUAUACUACAAGCCGUAUGACUGG